UCCAACAUGCAAAUCUGAAAAUGAAACAUAUUAAUGUCAACAGGAAAAGCCUUCCAAGUUCUUGUCUCUAAAGUUUUGCCGAGUAGACUUGGGGCCUCAACAGCGACUUUCACUCAUUGUGCGACUGUUCUGUCAAGAAAAGUGACAAAUAUACUCCAAACUUGUUUGAGUUUUUAGUGCUCCGUCCCACAGUGCAGUGAAAAUAGGAAACGUAAGAGCCGCUCGCAGCUGGGACAAAUUAAAACUAAUUGAGGGCCUUGGUGACACAGCUCAGGAAACAAUCCUGCAUAACAACAACAACAACAACAAAGAGGAGUUCAGCUCGCUGAAAACGACACAUUUUCUCUGUCACGUCGCGUGUUUUAUCCAUGCAGACAGUUUGGGUUUCACACAGCGGAUGCUAACAUGUCCUGCUGACUGCACGUCGUCCACCUCAGUGCAAACAGGUUUCACUGCAGACGGCCUCGUCCCUGUCAAACCUGCAUCAUCCGGGCAAACUGAGAAAUUGUUUCUAUAAAUUGUGCAGUCUGACUCUGAAGAAGCUGGUUGUGAUGAGAGAACUCGAUAAAGAGCUGAUCUCCGUGGUCAUAGCCGUUAAAAUCCAGGGCUCCAAACGGAUUUUGAGGUCCCAUGAGAUAGUGCUGCCCCCCAGUGGGUCUGUGGAGACUGAUCUGGCGCUCACCUUUUCCCUGCAGUACCCUCACUUCUUAAAACGAGAAGGAAACAAGCUGCAGAUCAUGCUGCAAAGGCGGAAGAGGUACAAGAACCGAACCAUCUUGGGCUACAAGACUCUCGCAGUGGGAUCUAUCGAUAUGGCCGAGGUGAUGCAGCACCCGACGGAGGGAGGCCAAGUUCUUCCUCUCUGCAGCAACCAGAAAGACAUGCUGGGGAAGGUGGCAGAGAUCUGGAUCUUUUCCCUGUCCAGUCAGCCAAUAGACCACGAGGAGGCAGCCCUGCAGGGAGGACAGAAGAUCAAAUGCUCCGAUAACUACUCAGAGGAAGAAUAUGAGAGCUUCUCCUCAGAGCAGGAGGCCAGCGAUGAUGCCCUGCAGGGACAGGAUCUCGAGGAUGACGAGUACGACGUGAGGAAGCCAAAGAAGCAGAGGAGGUCGAUUGUGAGGACUCCCUCCAUCACCAGACAGCAGAACUUUAAGCAGCGAGUGGUGGCUCUGCUGAAGCGGUUCAGAGUUUCGGAUGAGGUGCUGGACUCGGAGCAGGACCCUGCAGAGCCGCCCCCUGAGGUGGAGGAGGAGGACCUGGACCUGGACAGCGUAGAGUUCGAGAACCCGAGUGACAGCGGCCCGGAGCUCGAUGACGACGACAGCGUCCUCAGCACACCAAAACCCAAACUCAAGCCAUAUUUCGAGGGUCUUUCCCUCUCCAGCUCUCAAACCGAGAUCGGCAGCAUCCACAGCAGCCGGAGCCACAGGGAGCCUCCGAGUCCGAUUGACCCAGAUAAAACAAAGUGUGCCGGGGCCAAAUUUCCAGAUGACAGCGUGUCUGAAAACGUCUCCUUUGAGCAGCCGGAGGCGGUGACCCCAACCACAGAGCUGGAGAUGGACAACAUGGACACGUUUUUAGAGAGACUGCCACCAAGUGGCAAAAUGACCAAGACAGAGUCCCUAAUCAUUUCAUCCAACAGGCAAGAACCGAAGUUGGCUGGGAGGCGAGGCAGGAGCACGUCGCUGAAGGAGCGCCAGCCCAGCAGGCCGCAGAACGAGAGAGCCAACAGCCUGGACAACGAGCGGUCCCUGGACACACGCUGCCACCUACAGAUCCCAAGAAAGACAGUUUAUGACCAACUCAACCACAUCCUGGUGUCCGAUAACCACCUCCCUGAUAGCAUCAUUCUCAUCAACACCUCAGACUGGCAGGGCCAGUAUCUUUCUGAUAUGCUGCAAAACCACCAUCUACCAGUAGUCUGCACCUGCACCACUGCCGACAUCCAAGCUGCAUUCAACACCAUCGUUUCUCGCAUACAGAGAUUUUGCAACUGUAACUCUCAGACGCCCAUUCCCAUAAAGAUCGCAGUUGCCGGAGCGCAGCACUACCUCAGCGCUGUUCUCAGGCUUUUUGUGGACCACCUUUCCCAUAAGACCCCUGACUGGCUCGGAUACAUGAGGUUCCUUAUCAUCCCUCUAGGUGUACAUCCCGUCUCCAAAUAUCUUGGCACUAUUGACUAUCGCUACAACAGUUUGUUCCAAGAUGCUGCUUGGAGGGACCUCUUUCACAAGCCAGAGGCUCCUGUUGUUGCCCAGGAGAACCCAGACGUGGUAUCAAGGGUAACUCAGUACAUGGUGGGGGCUAAUGGAGCUCACCAACUUCCCAUCGCAGAGGCCAUGCUUACUUACAAACAGAAGAGCCCAGAUGAGGACUCAUGCCAGAAAUUCAUCCCUUUCAUUGGGAUGGUGAAAGUCGGCAUCGUGGAGCAAACAUCUGCGACGUCAGGAGACUCUGAUGAUGCAGCACCUCUGAGCUCCUCGCUGCUCUCCUCCACCCCUCCACAAGUAUCACCCGCCCUCAAAGAAGCGUCACCCACCCCGCCCUCCUCUCCCUCCGUCAACACCAGCUUCUGUGCUUACAGUUCGUCAGGCCAGGCGGAACUGAUGGGACUUCAGGUGGACUACUGGGUGGCUCCAACAGAAAGGAAGAAAGACGUGGAGAAGCGGGACUCCUCCUCCAAAAACACUCUGAAGUGCAAUUUCCGCUCGCUGCAGGUCAGCCGGCUGCCACUGGGGGGCGCAGAGCCAAGCCCCCAGCCCACCAUGUCCAUGACUGUGGUGACCAAGGAGAAGAAUAAAAAGGUCAUGUUCCUGCCAAAAAAGAGCAAAGACAAGGAGGUGGAGUCGAAGAGUCAAGUGAUCGAGGGCAUCAGCCGGCUCAUCUGCACUGCCAAGCAACAGCAGACCAUGCUGAGAGUACUGAUUGACGGCGUCGAGUGGAACGAUGUCAAGUUUUUCCAGCUGGCGGCACAGUGGUCUUCACACGUCAAACACUUCCCCAUUGGGAUCUUUGGACACACAAAAGGCCCUUACUAGCAGCACCUAAGAGACUGAAAUACUGAGGACAGCCCUUCUGUUUCCCCUUUGCCAAGAGCUUUUAACCCCUCCUCCAUACUUUCCCCCUGCACACAUCUUCCAUUCUGCAGUCUUAAUUUAAGCUCUUGCUUUCACCUGUUGGAUUUGUCCAAUUAUUUAAUCUUUUGCGUGUUUUUUUAAUUUUCUAUUUAUGUAAAAAUAUCUCGAGGCAAGGCUGCCAAGGGAAUAUUUCUUUACUCAGCUUUUUAAUAGAAAAAAAAAUCCUGCUGAUGUUUUAUAGACUUUUGAGAAAAAAUGAACUAAUUAAAAUAAUAAUUAGAAAUUACUUCUAACCUUUAACGUACUGGACGAAUGCCCAGGUUUCACCCUCUGCCGUCAUUUGUUUAAUUUGGCGACGCACAGCACAUUUAAUCAAAUAUGUACUUAAAAAAACACAAGAGCAGCUGCCUUGUAAUGAAGUGGAAGAUGAAGAAAUUUUGGACUGUCAGCAUCGGAGACGGUUGAUGAUUCAUCGUCUUAAAUCUGAAGAAGAAAAUGGUAAACGUCCCAAGACCUUUUGGCCCUUUGCACUCAGUGAAGAAGUCUAAUGUGCAAUAGUCUGAAUACUGUGUGAACACGGUUUUGAAAAACAACCUGGCAAUGUCAGAAGGUUACACGCUGCUCUUAGUUGUGAUUUUCACUCUGUGUAAAACCCUUCUCUUCUUUACUUUCUCCUCCUGGUAAAUCGGCUUGAUGUUUUGCUCCAAAGUGAGACAUCUAGUUAGAAAAUGAAUUGAAAAACACCUGCUUUUCAGAAAAUGACUAAUAGCACAAAAUGUCCUAAUUUUAUAGAUGGUAGUUAAAAGAAUUCUUACCAAGAUUUAGAUCAUAAAAUCAACAUCAUCCUAAUGUCUGUUCAGUAAAUAUCUAGCCAGAGCCAGCAGCAGGUUAGCUUAGCUUUACAUAAAGAAUGAAAACAGGAGGAAAUAGCGAAUCUGUCUAACCUACCAGCACCUCUGAAGUUCACUGAUAUGUCAUAUAUUAAUCAACACAAAAAAAAUGUGUAAAAACAUCUAGGUGUGGUUUUACAGGAGGGUUUACAGGAGAUAAUCCAGCACAUAACCCCCUGAAAAUCCACAACUUGUACUGUUUAAUUACAAUAAAAAGAACUGAAAUGUUUUUUUUUUACCUUCAGACAGAGCUAUGCUAGCUGUUUCCCUCGCUUUCAUUUUAUGCUAAGCUAAGCUAACCAGCUGCUUGCUAACAGCUAGCCUGGCUGGGAUCAAAAGUAACAAAAUCUGCCUAUGAUUAUCUCUAAAGCUCACUGCUCUAAUUAACACAUUAUAUCUCCUUUGUUUCAUCUGUGUAAAGACUGAGCCAUGCUAGCUGCUUCCAGUCUUUGAGCUAAACAAAGCUAAUUAGCUUCACAUCACAGAGCGGUAUAAUCUUCUCAACAAGGAAGCAAACGUUUAUUUCCCCAAACCUUUAUAACAUGGAACAAAUUUUUAGAGUGGCUCUGUGUAAAGCAGUGAGCUUGUUAAUGUUUAUUUUAGAAAGAAUUAUUUCUACACUCCUCUGACACACUCCAUAUCUUUUGCUAAAAGCAAAUGUUACUUUUGCCAAAGGAAUACACAUUGACUGCAGCUCACUCAUUACCUGUGUGGUAUUAUAGAAGACUUCAUAGUGUAGAGGUGAAUGUAUUGAAGGUACCUUAAUGUAAAGCACUUUUAAAUGUUUGUCCACUGUAGAUUAGUGUGUUAUAAACCCAUCCGGGAUCCUGCAGGUAUGCCUGACUGUGGCUCACAGAGGCACAUGGACAGACACUGAAAUCUGUCUUUAUAUCUGAGCUGAACGGCAGCACAAGCAGUGGUGUUCAUGGCAUAGAUUGUUUUAUGCAAAGCAAACCAAGCACCUGUAUCCUCUCAGUGCUGUGUAAUAUCACUUUAUGCUCAGUGUGAGACCUAGUUGGACUGUUUAGAUUUUAGUUUAAUAUUCUGUAAGGUUAGCCUAGAAUGUGUAUGUGAUGUUAACAAGUCAAAAAAAAAAUGUUCCAUCAGUAGAUUUUCUUCAAUCUUUCGUUGACUGUUAAGCAUAAAACUAAAAAGUAUUUUGGUCAUAAAAUUUCUUUCAGUAGCAGUUCCACCAUGACCUUUGCCAAUUUCUUGAUAAGUGCCUAAAUUGCGUAAAUUUUGACAAAUCAACAGAAAUCAUUUGUCCCUGGCUAUGGUGCUGAUUCUGGUCAGAAAAGAGGAUAUCUCAGUACAGCGUGUUGACUUUGCAGUUUAAAAAGUUGCAGUAAAACUUCAUUGGAGGGAGGAAAACAGGAAAAAUCAUGCUGUGGAUAGUUGGCUCACAAACAUGGGUUUGAAUUAAUUAAAAAAACACAGCAGCCCAUUCAUGUUGAGCAUAUUUUUGUUUUUCUGUACAGAAGAUGUUUUAGACGUUUUGGUUUUUCAUGUCGUCUCAGAGAAAAGCUUGUUGAAACUGAAUGUUCCCUAAAGACUACCACUGUAAUCCCAAAACUUGGAGUAAUAAAACUACUAUACGCACUAAAAUGUA